AUGCCUACCAGACCUGUUCCUGCCCCGAGCUCGAGUAUCGGCUCGUCCAGCUUCGGAAAAUUAACCAGCCGUCGGGCGAGCAUGAGCGACGAUCCCCAUGUCUUCAGUCCAAGGUUAUCGCUUGUCAGUGCUGGCUCGUGUAGACAGAUUGGAGGCAGUCCGUCUACUGUGAUUUUCCGCGUAAAACCUGGUGCGGCCGUCCGCCCGGAGUUUUCUGAGAUGAUUGUCGAGGCCAGCGCCCACACUUCCUCGCGGUCGGCUGCGUCCAUCCACGAAAGCGGACAUCCGCAAAUGCCAGUGAGAUACGACACUAUAUCGUUUGUUGGCAGUGCAGCCAGAUCUGAAAAAUUGGCGUACAGCAGUGGGCAGUGGGUGCGGAGCCACGCCUCUGCAGCGGCGAAACUAGCCGGAUGUUCUCGCUUGACCGUCUCUAUGGAUCGCGUUUGCGGACUUUGUCCGAAAUUGCAAAUGUCGUCUGAUUUGAGCAGAUACAGGACUGUCUUGAGAACACAAGCGGGUGGCCGCGCGCCUAUUUGCGGCAGGUCCAUGACGUGCAGUGCUGGCAGAUGCGACUUCUCCUCUGGCACGUCCUGGCGCACUGGCUCGGUUUCGACGUAUUGCUUGGGCGACAAAAAGUCUAGGGGAGAGCAGAUCCCGCUCUGGCUCGCAACGUUGCUCAAAAAGCAGGAGAAAUGCAACAUCGUGGUGCCCGAGUGGCUGUCCGUGGAGUAUCUGCGUGUGCGCUAUGACGAGGAGAUCAAGUAUCCGAGCAAGUUUUCGAAUCUGCCAUGGCACUGGCUGCCCAUAGCGAAAAAACUGCUCGACUACGCGUCCGACGACUUUAUCGACCCGCCGCACGAGAUCCGGUCCCUGCUCCAGGACUUGCGCGAAGUCCGGCUCGUCAAGGCCAGAAAGGGAAUUCGGGAGCUCAAUCAUGUGUACAUCCAGCUGGACGGGCUUUCGCUGAUGGAGAUCAACGAAAUACGGCCCUUUAUUUUAGAGGUGAUGGAUCAGCUACGGAAGAUGAACGACAGUCUCAAAGUUAAAUCCGAGGACGAAACGCCACGCCAGGCAGCCGCACAGAUGGACCGCGACGACGACAGCGACGACGAUAUUUAUCAGAAAGAGUAA